AUGACAGUCCAAUUUUCCCCAAAGAUACUCUCGUCCGUUGAUAGCAAGCGAGAAUGGAUGAAGACUGAUCCAAUCAUCACAUGCCAGAGAUCCUGGGGAACAUCAAACGAAUCGGAUUGGUGGGUUCGGCAGCAAAGGCGACGCCGCUGGCGAAGCCGUGGAUCCUCGGAUGUCCCACAAAUGCAUAAAGCCCAAGUUGCUACAACACAGGGUACAGUGGGGUUGAGCCUAGCCGAGGCAUUGCUGGAAGUCGGCCAAGCGGCUGGAUGCAUUCGUUUGAGGGGGAUCCAGACACCGAAUGGUCAUCAGGAAAUAAGCCGUCGACACAUUGGCCAUUUUAUUGUCUCGGUUGGUGGGGCAAUUUGGUUGUCGAACCUUCUAGAGCCGAGCAAACAGAAUCCGAUCUGUUAG